AUGUCUAUCCGUAUGUCUACAACACCAUCCAAACGAUUCGAUGAAAAAACGAACGAUAUGAGACGUCGCCCACCAGUCAAGCCAAGCGGGGACCCGAAUCACAUUUAUAUCACUAGAAAGACUAACGUCGAAUCCCAAACGAAAACCGCCGAAGAACUUCUAAACAACGCAUUCGACGAAAUUUUCAUUCACGGGAUGGGAGCAUCUGUUAACAAAGCGCUGGUAUUUGCAAUGGAGGUAGAAAGAAAGUUUGGAGGAAGUGUGAAGUCUGACAUUCAAACAUCGACCGUACAAUGUACCGAUGAUAUCGUAUCACUGCUAGAUCUGGAUCAGAGUGAAACACGUCAUCGGUCUGUGUCUGCUGUACAUGUUCACCUUUAUCGUGCCUCUUCAUAA